AUGCCGGACGAGCCGCUGCGGAGCAUCGAUGUGAAGCUGCCCUUGCACCGAGCGGACCAGUAUCCCAAGAGCUACCGGAGUCCGGUGGUGGGUCUCGGCAGCUACUGCGCCUACUUGUACCUGGGCUUCGACAAUGAGAAGAGCGGCAUCGUGGCCAACCUGAUGUUGAUCGCCGCCCACCCCAGCGACCGCGACUCCGCUCGCUUUGUGGAUGGGAAGGUGCGGAUCACGGUGAAGUACGGGCCGGACAAGCAGGUGCGGGAGAAGCUCCACCGCUUUCCCUUCCAGGCGAAGGCGCGGACGGAGGCGGAGAAGCCGGGGAGCUCCUGGUGCCAGACGGCGGGAUGCAUGUGGACCUUCAACGCCCCCAAGGAGUACGUGGCGGACGGUCAGCUGCACUGCGUGGCGAACCUCUGGUGCGACCCGUCGGUGGUGGGCUACGACACCAACAAGCGGCGGAAGCUGGACCUGGGGAAGGAGAUCUGGCAGGACAUGAAGUUCUCGGACAUGACGAUCUCCGCGGGCGAGGACUCCGUGGAUUUGCCCUGCCACCGGGUGAUGCUGGCGAAGCGCUCGGAGGUCUUUGACCGCAUGCUCAGCAGCGAGAUGAGUGAAGGGCGUGAGCAGCGCGUGGUGAUCCGCAACGCCUGCACUGAGACCCUGCGCUGCUUGCUGGAGUACAUCUACACCGAGGAGACGCCCAGUGGUUUGGCCGCGCAGCAGCUGGCGGAGUUGAUCUGUCUCGGGAACCAGUACGGGCUCACUCUGCUGGCGGAGAGCUGCGCUGAGCGGCUUGCUUCCAUGCUCUGCCCAGAGAACGUGGUGACGAUUCUGCAGGUCUUGGGGAAGAAUGCGGACAUGUCCAAGUCCAUUCAGAGCAUUCUGGACCAGACCUCCGCCAAGGUGGCCAAAGACACAGAGCUGAUGCGGCUGGCAGCGCGGGUGCGCCUGGACGAGUCGGCCCAGUUCCGGGGCAGCGACGGGCGGGUCCAGAUCUUCCACGGCCUCAACGUGGUGCAGAAGAACUUCCCGUGGCAUCCCUCCACGGGCGAGUUCGAUGCAUUUGCCUCGCUCAACCAUGAGGACAUGACGAACCUCAAGGCCUGGGGCUUCAACGUCAUCCGGCUGGGGGUGAUGUGGCCCGGAGUGGAGCCGGCCGCCGGGCAGUACAACCAGACCUACCUCAAGGUGAUGCGAAAGCUGGUGGACGAUCUCUACAGCCACGGCAUUUGGACGAUCGUCGACUUCCAUCAGGACGCCUUCACAGAGCGCUACUGCGGUGAGGGCGUGCCCGACUGGCUGCUGCCGAUGCUGGAACCAGUGGAGAGGAAGUGCAAAGGAGCCCUGCCGAAGAUCUUCAAGUUCCUCGGUCAGUGUAAGUCCUUCGAAGACUACAACUACAGCACCGACCCUGAGACAGGCUUCCCGAACACCAGCCAGUGCCUGAGCGUGGGCUUCGACAUGUACUCCCGCGCCCCGGAGGUGGUCAGCUCCUGGGGGAACUUCUUCGCCUACGAGGCGGUGCAGGCCAAGUUCCGCAGUUUCUGGCAGAAAGUCACAGAGGCCUUCGUAGGCUCCGAGGGCGUGCUGGGCUACGACCUGGUGAAUGAGCCGCUGAACGGGGACUAUUUCCGGGAUGCCAGGCUCUUCGAGCCGGGCCACGCAGACAAGAACUUGCUGCAGCCCAUGUAUGAGAGCGUGGGCAAAGUGAUCCGAGCGGUUGACCCGGAUGCCAUUCUCAUGUACGAGCCUGCCCCAUUUCCUGACACCGUGCCCGCCUACGUGCCGGGUCUGGGGGGCGUGAAGCCUGUGGGCUUCGACGCGGGGCCCGCGGAUGCCACGCACCAGGCCCUGUCCUACCACAUCUACAGCUGCGGCUUUGCCAUCGACACAUGCAGCAGGAAGGGCGACCCGCCGUCGACUGACUGCCACGUGUGCGACGACAUGGCCGCGUCCGCCGUGGCCGCCCGCGACAGCGAUGCCAAGCGCUUGGGCGGUGCUGCCUUUCUCACGGAGUUCGGGGCGUGCUCGGGCACCGACACGUGCGUGGCGGAGAUCACCCGGGUGACCGACCUGGCUGAUCAGGCUCUGCACUCCUGGGCCUAUUGGCAGUUCAAGUACAACCAUGACAUCACCACUGUGGCGGGGCCGGAGGAGGGCUUCUACGGGCUUGAAGGCCAGUUGCAGGAGAAGAAGGUGGCAGCGCUUUCCCGGACCUUUGCGCCUUACAUUGCCGGUCGCCCUACUGCCAUGCGCUACAGCGACACGGGCGCCUUUCGGCUGAGCUAUGUGCUUGAGAGUGCCACGCGCGGCUUGACCACAGAGAUCUACCUGAACGAGAAAAUGAACUAUCCCUCGGGCUUCCGCGUGCAUGUGCUCAACGGCACGGCCUCCAGCGGUGCUGGCCGCGUGCAGGACAGCGGGUGA